AUCGUCUUGUAUAUGAAAAUUAAAUUUUAAUAAAUACAAAAUUACAAAUUCAAUAAAAUAGAUUGCUUUUCAUUAUAAAGUUAUACAAAUAAAGAAAAUGCGUAAAAGAGUUUUUAUUAUUUUUAUAAUUUUAAUGCAAUUGACACUAAUUCAAAAUUCGAAGUAUUUAAAAAGUAGUCCGAUAAGGAGAGAAUAUUUUAAAUAUUUGACUCAAGUAGUAAGUUACAUUUGCCAUCAAACAGGAUGGCACUCAAUAAAUAACGAUUUAUUGAUUCAGGACUCAGGCAAUGUUAUUAGCGUAGAAGAGUUAUCGGCAUUAAAAAUUGAUGAGAAUAAUUUUUUGCGUAUUUUCAGUUACAUUGUAAGUGUAUUUAACUUUAAAUAUAUAGAAAUACUGCAGACUUUCGUUGAACACAUUAAUAUAAUAGUAGAAGAAUGUAUAAAGUAUUUAACAGCAAAAUUCUUUUACAAUUUUAUUAAUUGCACAUCAUUACUUGAAAUUGGAAUGACGAAAUCUACUGCGAUGUUCAAUAGCAUAUACCAAGUAAUGUGGUUUCUGAGUUAUUUAGAUGUUAAACGUAUUUUUGUAAAAAUUCCACGUAACCCAUAUACUGUAGUUGAUGAAGUUUAUUUGGUUAAGCAAUUUAUAGAUUCCAUUCAGAUAAAAGAUCAGACUUGUCUUGUAAGCAACCAAGAUGAAAAUAAUCAAUCCAAAAUCAACGAAGCGCUACUAGUUAUUUCUAAAACAAAAGAACUUAUUAAUAAUGUGACUGAAAGAGCAAUUUCUGUUUUAAAUGAUAUUAGUACAGUAUUUAUUAUACCUCAGCGACCAGAUUUAAAGUAUAAAUACAAAGAGGAAUAUUUAUCCCAAAAAUGUAUUGAAAAUGAUUUCUUUUUUUUCGUAUUAAAAGGUCUAAAUUCAUUUUAUACAAACACAAAGGAAAAUUAUUACGAUAAUUUCAACUUCGACAUGUUACUGAACCCUAAUGCACAUAAUAUGCAACAUCUGAUACAUCCACAAGAAUAUUCUUUAACACGAUUUACUGACAUAACAACUUUAAAAAUACUUGUCGAAAAUGGAGAAUGGAAAACUGUCGAUCACAUAUCAAUUAUUCAUCAGGGUCAAGUUAUAAGUGCAAAUCGCAUAGUAAGAGAUCCAGUUAGUGUACAUGGUUUUAAUCUCAAAAAACAAUACAUAAUACAAUUAUUGAAUUGUAAGUUCUAUGAAAUAUUUUCGAAUUAUUUGUCGUAUUUAUCUCCGAUUAUACACUUUUUCCAUGAUGAAAAACUAAAAUUAUUUGAACUUUCUGAUUCAAAUAUAUUAACAUACAAGAACUGUAUAAUAAACUUAUUUGAAACAAAUAAAAGUACAGAAUAUUUUUUCAAUAAAAUCUUUUCGGUAGUCAAAAAAUUAAAAAAUGCAUCAAUUUGGGAAGUUAAUAGUGUUCAUAUCUCAUUAUCAUUCAUAGAAAAUGUAUUAAAUCUUAUUAUGGAAACGUUUCAUUGUUUGUAUGAAGAAUUAUUUAAAAAUAGAUUAGAAAAAUUUCACAUAACUAGGGUAAAUCUGUAUCUAAAAAAUAUGAUAGAACAAAGAUCAAUUUUAAAUAGGCAAUUAUAUUAUAAAAUGCGAUGUAAAAAACGCUGUCAAUUUAUUGGGAAAUCUAGUCCAUUUAUUGGUAAUCCUGAAGAAACUGUCAAGAAAAAUAAUCAUUUAAAGAAAAUUUAUACAAAAGCCGAUUAUCAUAAUGUGUGUAUGGAAUUAUCCACAUUUUGUAAAAACUUCAUUGACAUUGAUUUUAAAGAUAUGGGAUGGCAUAAAAUCUUAUGAAACCGAAUUAUACUGUUUAUUAAUUUCUUAAAAUGUAUUAGUUAUUGUCAUUUAUAUUAAAAAAAUACAAUUGUAUUAUUUUAAAAAUCUAAUUGUUUAGUAUGGUUUAUACAUUUUACAGGAUUAUAAACUAGUUUCUUCGAUAUUUUAUGUAUUAAAAGUUAAAUUUGUCCUUGAAUACAAUUUUAAUAUAUUUAAUAAAUGUUUAAUAUUUAUA